AAACGAGUAGCGAAAGAUACCUUACAUGUAUGUCAGCCGAAUCAGGUGACAGAAAUCCAGGCGCCAACGAGAGCCCCGCUACAGCCUACGAUAUGGAGGUAGAUCGACCGACACAACAAUGUGAAUAUGUGUGUAACUUUCGUGUAGCGCAGAUUCUGAAUAAGCUGUCAAGUGAUGGUAACUUAAUCCAGAAAUAUGCGAGCGUUGUGAGCGUAUCAGCAAUAGAAAGCGACAGAGUCAAGGAAUAUAUAUUGAUGAAGAAGGCUAAAGAGAAGUAGGAAGGGAGAGGCGAGCGAAAAGGCUUUAUACCAUCGCUCAGGUGGCACAGCCAAAAAGAAGA